AUGUUUCGACUGGGGACGGCCAGCGCAGGCAGUGCUAGGGAUCCUGAAAAUCUGGCACUGGAUUUGACGAACGCUCUCCGAGGUGGCAGGAUCGAAAUUCUGGUAAUGGCAUUAUUUAAGCAAGGCGCAUACACAGACGAUCAGGGGCUCUUGGCAGAGCGGGCCACUCCACUAGAAGACUCCAGCUCCACGCUACUGGAGCUGCGGCUCUCAGGAGACGGUCGGAGCGUGGACGUGUACAAACCGGUCAUGGACCUGCGGACUUCGGAUCCCCAGUCGAGGCAUGCUCUCCGAGCUGGAAUUGGGAAUGGACUGCAAGCCUCGCUACCAAGGCUCCACUGCACAGGCACAGCGGGCGCAGGCGCAGAAGAUCGCAUCAUUGUGGACAUGAGCAGCUUUCUCGAGCUUGGCUUCUUCGUAGUUGACACCGGGGAUCUCGGCUUCGAUGUUACGGUCAUCGAGGCCAAGGAAUUUCCCACCAACCUCGACGUCACAGCGGACUACGGCCCUCGUGUGCCGCUGCUCCGUGUGGGCUACUCUAUUGUAUUGCUACCGGAGAAGCCGAUGGAACCCCGGGAAAAUGAUGAUCGUUUGUUGUAUUUCGACACACAGUACCAAGACAAGGGCAGCCACAGGAAGAAGGCAAGCUUCUACGUCGACCCGAGCGUGCCGGCGAGAUGGCGGCCCUACUUCAAGAAGGGCGUGGAGGCUUGGAACGAGGCCUUCACUUUGAUCGAGCGGCCGCAAGCUGUGCGAGCGAUGCUGCCGGAAGACAAGGAUUGGCCAGAUGAUUAUGACAUGUCCGAUGCUCGCUUUAGUGCAAUCACCUGGGACACAUCCGAGGCAACUGUCAGCAUGGGCAUAGCGAAGGUGGAUCCCAGAAGCGGGGAGAUCCUGAAGUGCGACGUGAUCAUGGGGGACUCUUGGGUGAAGACGUACCUGGAUGAGCUUGAGAUGGAGUUCGUGAACUUCACGAACUUCCUCAGCAAGACGCCCUCGGUGUCGGUGCUUCUGCACCAGGAUGUAGUCGAACCUGGACAGACCUCUACACGAAGGAUCCUCGAGCUGCUGCAGCAGGGUGGCAAGGACCGGAAGUCUCGCAGUUUCGGCUUUGCCGCUGCCUACAUGCAGAAGCGGCUGCAGCACAGCGAGCUCGAGGCGCUACUGGGCUCAGGGCUGCAGGAGAUCGUGACACACGAGGUUGGUCACUGCUUGGGCUUGCGGCAUAACUUCAAAGGCUCUAUGGGAGUCAGUCCCGAGUGCCUCCAAGACCUUCAUUGCACGGCCGUUCACGGCACCUCCGCCAGCGUCAUGGAUUACAUUCCGGUGAACCUCCCGAGACCUGGAGAUUCGCUGACACACGUUUGGUCCCCGACUAUCGGCGAGUACGACAAGCUGGCCAUCCGCUAUGGAUACACGCACAUGCAGAGUCCCUCGGAUGCUUCCACGGAGCAGAUCCUGGAGGAAGUCCGCAGGAGUGCCGAAAGCAUCCAAACCUGCUAUGACGAUGAUCUCUAUUUGGGCGAAGAUCCGUCUUGUUUGGACUAUGACCUCUCUGCCGACCCUGUGCACUACUGGGACCAACAGCUGGAUCUCUACGCAGACAUCCAAAAUCAUCUCCUGGAGAUGUCGGUUGCGCCAGCAGAAUCCUACAGCCUUUAUGGCAAGGCUGUGCACUCUGUCGUCGGUGGAUUCCUCCCAGAGAUAGGCAUCAACGCGGUGUACUAUCUCGGAGGGAUCAACAACACCUACCUGCACAAGUACACCGAUCAGACCCGGCGAUCAAGGCAGCCGAUGCCAGCGGAGACACAGCGGCGGGCACUGGCCGUCAUUCUGCGCAUCCUCCGCCCGAAGACGGAGGGAUUGCUCCCGCCCGAUUCCAACCUCCCGUACCUGGUGGAUGGCGACCACUUGCAAGGAGCCAUCGAGAGCCUGGACCUCACAGGUCUAGUACGCCGGCUGCGAAGGCUCUUGCUGGAGGAAGCUCUGCGCUCCGAGCGGCUGCUGCAACUUCACAAGCAGGAGACCCUUCUGAUCCCCGGAGAGGCGGAGGUCUUCCCCGUAUCGGAGUUUCUGUCGACUCUCGUUUAUGGAGUCAUGAGCGCAGGGCUCGACAGGAUCACCUCGGAUGACGAACGAGAUCUUCAGCGGAUCUUCGUGCAGAUUUUAACUUCCAAAUUUCCAGCACAAGCACAGGUCCUCCCUGCGGAAGUCAUGACCCAACUGCAGUAUUUCCACAGCUUCAUUUAUGAGAUGAGCGAGGGUGCUUUAGAUCGUCUUCCCACCACGGCUCAAGGGGCCGAGUGGGCUUUCUGCGCAGCUUUCAACAAGACCUGUACCUGCACUGGCCUUGUCCGUGUGAGGCUCGCAAACAUCAGUAGCUCUGGGCAGUGGUCCGGUACAGACAAGGCGUGCCUUCCUUCGCACUUCGCGCUCAAUGCCUCGACAGACUCGGAAAGCUCCUGGUGUGAGUGUCUCUCCUUGACGAAGACGGACCUGGACCAGAGAGAGGCUCAACGAUUGCAUGUGGAGUCGCUCAGACACAUGCUCAGGCCGAGGCACAGUGCCUUGGAGGAGUGA